AUGACCAUGACCGUGACCGUGACCGUGACCGUGACCGUGACCGUGACCGUGACCGUGACCAUGACCAUGACCAUGACCAUGACCAUGACCAUGACGCCGGGCCGCACCUCCCACCUCCUCCUCCUCCUCCUCCUCUGCCGUAGGUGUACAGUACAGCGUGCAGCGUAGAUACAGUGCACAGUGUACACCUCCCAUCUCAUCAUUCUUCCUCCACUCGCUUGCACUGUGCACAUGGCACGGGACAGGUGUCUUCAUUCUCCCAGCACGGCGCCUGUAGGGGCAGGUGCGCGGACUCCGAUGAUCGCGCGAAGCUACCUCAAUGUCAGGCCGGAUGAAACUGCGUGCUCGUAGCACAGCACCGACGCUGACAGCACCCAACAAGUCCUACCACUACGGAAAUGAUGUGCCCACUCCUACCGGCCACCUGCGCGAGAGCGGUCACCGCCGCGGAAUCGUCACGAUGCUGCCCGCCUCAUCUCACACAUCGGGGCAAGUGCUGGCAGUGCUCAGGCAUCUGCAGCGGCGCCAGGAUCGUGGUCGGGGGCUCGGGGAGACUUCCCUAUUAUGCAAGAUUUCCGCGAGCGACAUCGCUUGGCGCCCGGGACUCAACCCACUACACUACAUGUACAGUACUGUACGGCCCUCCCCGGCGGACAUGGCGGACAUGGCGGACAUGGCGGACAUGGUUGGAAAGGCCACGGCCUGUCCGCCUCGGGACCGUCGUCGUCGUGCACCCAGCGGCAAAGCAGCCGCGAGGAUCGCCCUCACCUGGCGUCUAGCAUGA